GCAGGAAGGGCUUAUCACUGAAAAGAAAGAAACAAAGAUCAAUGCGCAACAAGCACAAAGGCUUGAUGAUGGAGGCGAACAAGCAGAAAGAAACAAUAUAAAUAAUCCUAUGUCAAGUUCAAGCCCCUCUUCUUCAUCUAAAAAAAAUCAUAAGCACUUGGAGAAGAAGGAAAAGUGUGGAAAGGUUUUGCUCUUGAAUGUAAAUGAGUUUAGAACUUUGAGUCUUUGUCACUCUUGCUUAUCUCGAAAUUUAAGGCAUUCUAAAAGCGAAGAUAUUACCUGUAUUCAUCAUAUACUGAUUUGCAAUGACUGUGGUAUACUUUGGAAUGCGAAUAUGAUGGCUUAUAGAAAAAAACAUGUUUCUCAUUUCAACAGAGAUAUAGGCUGGCCAGGGAUGACCCGUUAUGUUUUUUUUUUAAAAAAACAUGUAUAUAGAUAAUAAAAUAAAAGCGCCGAAAUGAACAAGGCUGGCUUUUCUUUAGAGGAGAGACUUAAAGAUUUAUGCAGAUAAUAUAAUAAAGCAAAUAUCAGCCUAUAAAUUUAUUUAUUUUUCUAAUUUGGUAUAUAUUACUUAUUCGUGUCGUUUUCUCCUCAUCCCAACUUUUGUAAGAAAAUUCACUAUAGCUUUGCAGGCUUCUUGUUGUAAUAUUCUUAAACGAUUAUUUGAAAUAUGUCGUAGUCCAUUUAGUAAAUACCUGGAGGAAAGCACAAAAGCGAAUUCUUUUUAUUGUCAAAGCAAAUUAAUUUAAUAACAGAAAAUCACAGACAAAUUUAAAAAUUUUAGGGAAGCGACCUGAAAAUUG